UAACAUAGGAAAAGUUAACUUAAACUUUAAAAGAAACAUUAAAAGAGCUCAGGCACAAAAAAAGUGCUUUGCCUUUAAGAGAUAGUUCAGGGCGGGAGCAUUUUCCCUAUGAAAGUGAAAGAGAAAAUAAUUUAGUACAAGAAUUUCGUGCAUAACAGGUGGAAAAGAAAUAGACGAGCCUCAAAAAUGGGCACCAGGUAACUCACAAUCCCGGGGUUGAAAACUGUUCUGCAAUAGGAGGGAAUUGGAGUAUGACGUUGAAGAAUGAUCACAAUGUUGACAAGAUGGACUUAUCUAAGGGUAAAAGGCAGGAUGGACUAUGUUUUAUACCUUUUAUUACUUUUACUUAAGCUGCAGAUGUCAGUGACUGAGCGGUUUAAAGUCAUUCCUACUGAAGCAACGAUCAUGGCAACUGUUGGACAAAGGGCUGUGUUGUCCUUUCACCUUUCCCCUGAGCUCAGUGCUGAAGGCAUGGAGAUUGGUAUUUUCAGGCCUGGGUCUUCAUACUUUGUACAUCUCUAUCGCGGGGGUCGGGAUGAAAAUGAAGGGCAAAUGCAGGAGUAUCAAGGAAGAACAGACCUCCUGAAGCACGAUAUCAUGAAGGGGAAAGCCACCUUAAUUAUUUAUGAUAUUACUCCAACUGAUGAUGGACCUUAUCGCUGUUACUUUCAGUCUGAAAGCUACCAUGAUGAAACAGAUUUAAAUAUGAAAGUAUCAGCCAUUGGUUCUGACCCUCUUCUUUGGGUUGAAGAUUAUUUUGGUGAUGGAAUUAAAGCCGUGUGUGAAUCUGAUGGGUGGUAUCCUCGGCCUGAGGUGAUGUGGAGAGACAGCGAGGGAAACCGUCUACAGCCUUUACAAGAGGAUUCUCAGUUAAAUGCAAAAGGACUUUAUCAUGUCCAGACAUCGAUAACUGUCUAUUCUAAAACCAUUGUCUUCUGCAGUAUCAGGAAUGCCUUGCUAAAUGAAGUCCGAGAACCAUCUCUUCAGAUCUCAGAUACAUUAUACAGAAGAGUGAAUCGUAAUGGAGUCUCUCGAGCAAUAAUCAUAACUGCAUUCAUUUUUAGUUUUGGAGCUAUCUUCAUAAGCAUCCUGAUUUUAGUAGGAAAAAAAAGCCAAGAAUCAAAAGUGAAGCACAAGGCAGAAAAGGAACAAUUGAUUAAGAGCUUUGAUGAAAAGCAUAAAACAUUUGAUGAAAUGCAGAAAACAUUUGAUAUUUUGAAGAAUUUUUUAAAUGUCACUAAAGAGUGUGUAACCAUGGAUCCAGAGAGUGCUCAUCCAUUCCUCGAUGUUUCUGAAGAUGGAAAGACAGUGAAAAAUACAUCCAAAAAACAAGAUAUACCUGAUAACGACAAGAGAUUUGAUUUCUGUCGCGGUGUUCUCAGCACUCAGUCGUACCAAAGUGGGAAACAUCGCCUUGAUGUUGAGGCUGACAGUGAAAUAUGUUCUGUUGGCAUUGCCAAAAAAUCGGCAGUGAGGAAAGGGGCCGUGCACUUUAAUGGAGAUGAUGGGAUGUAUGCAAUUAGACUUUGGGAACACCAUAAACAACUCAUUUCUUCUCAGAAGGAAAUCAGUCCCAUCACUCUCAAAAUAUUUUUAGACUGCAGUGUAGGACACAUGGCAAUCGUUGCACUGGAUACACUGCACAGAGUUGAUAUACAGUUUAAUCCUGAUGAGGAGGUGUUUUUCUUUUUUGAAGUCUUAAAGGAUGGGGAAAUAAAAAUUCUAAGUUGAAGAGCAGUUGACCUGAAUGUUGGACUAAUUCUGCACUGAGAAAUGUUCUUCAGUAGAAGUAAUGUUGAACAUGUUGGCACUAUGUAUAUCAAGCACUGUAACCCCCUUUUGGCUAUAUAAGACAAAAGUCCAGCUAGUGAUAGAGCACGGGGUACAUUAGACUCCUCUUCCACAGGAUGGGCCUUCACUAAGGGGAAGGAUUACGUUAGGAAUGGUGUAGUAGAACUGCGCCUUCUCACUGCCAGAUGUAAAUGUAUGAAUGCAAUGAAAGAAACCAAGGACUCCAAGAGCUCUUGAAGCAAAACUGAAGUAGUAUUUAAUUUGUCCCAAACAAAUGAAUCAAGAUUUCAGGGUUGGUAAUACUCACAGUUUGAUAGAGAUAUAGCAAUUAUUCAGCAGGUACAAUGGAUGAUAUUGCAGAGCAAGCAGCGUUCACUGUUUUUUCCCACCUCAGCAGAGUGCGGGCAGGAUAAAGACAGCAAGGCACCACCAUGGGGAUGAAAAGGGUAGGUCAAUUAGUCCUCAGGGUUGUCCACCUUACCUGGUCCAGAUCCCAAUAAAGUUUUAACUCUUGGUUUUCUGUGCUUAACUGGUUUCUGUUGUAAAAUGCAACACAACUUUUAUGUUGUACAUGGAAAUAGUUUGUUACUUACAUGAUACCUGCCUCAUUCAUAAACCUAUAUAUUAUUUUUCGAUGGUAGUUUAGUUCUCACCAGGUCCAGACUGACAAUCUGUGGAUUCAGGCAAAUGCCAAAGGGGCUGCUAUAAGAUGCCAUAGACACUCACUAUUUAUUGGAAUGGUGGAGGCUGUUUGGGCCUCUGUGUACUUAAAAUGCCUAUUUUGACCAGAUCAAACCUGAUGCUAAGAUGUUGUUGUAUAUUGCCAAAGUAAACAUUUGUAUAUGAAUGAUUUGUACAAUAAAUGGACCAAUGAUAAAAACCUA